AUGAGCUCUCUGGUGGAUCUGGCUGUGGAGAUUGAAGACACUAGCGGGGACCCCAUACCUGACGACAUUUAUGAGAUUCUGGGUGGCAGCUCAGUGCGCUCCAUCAGCGACCUCCAGCGCGCCCUGCGGAUAGACUCCGUAGAGGAGGAUGCCUCGAGCCUGAGCUUGAAUACAACUCAACCUGGUCAAAACCCGGUGGCCCUGUCUCGAGAGCGACGAAGCCUAGAUGCUCUGGCAGCAGCAGAGCCAGCUGUCCUCGCAGAGUGCAAGACGCGGGCAGUGGUCUUUGAAAUCUCCCGCAACAUGGUGGACAGCACCAACGCCAACUUCGUGGUGUGGCCGCCCUGCGUGGAGGUGCAGCGCUGCUCCGGGUGCUGCAACAACCGCAACGUGCAGUGUCGCCCCAUGCAGAUUCGUGUCCGGCACGUCCAGGUGAACAAGAUCGAAUUUGUCCAAAGGAAGCCAAAAUUCAAAAAAGUCGUUGUGCCUUUGGAGGACCACGUGCAGUGUCGGUGUGAAGCAGUGUCCCGUCCACCCCCCAGGAGCAGCUGGCCAGGGCCACGUGAACAGAGACGCUUGUCACCAUCGUUCACCACACCAGCUGUGUCACAGAGGCAGCGAGUGCGCCGGCCGCCGGCACAGAAGAGGAAACAUAAGAAGUACAAGCAUGUCAAUGAUAAGAAAGUGCUGAAAGAAAUCCUCAUAGCAUAGAAGUGCUGGCAGGCGAGAGAGAGCACAAGGCAGGUUUAUUUAAUAUAUUUGCUGUAUUGCCCCCAUGGGGUCCUUGGAGUGAUAACUUUUCUUCUUUGUCUGUCUGCCUCGACGUCUGAUUCAGACGGCAAUUGGUGCUGCCCUUUCCAUCAGUGGACCUUCUCCCACCAAAGCCUCUCCCUUCUUUCAUUUAUUAGCAUACUUUUAAAGUUUUACACAAA